AUGACCAUGAGUUCCUACUUGAUCAAUUCAAAUUAUAUAGAACCAUCUUUUCCGCAGUGCGAGGAAUACGGACAGAACGGCUACGUCCCUGUCUCUUCUGACUACUAUGAGCGACCGAAAGAUUCGGGUUUCUUGCAUCACGAAGAGGCACCAUACCCGCGGUCAAGCUACCAAGACGCGAGCUAUGACUACAGCAACGUUCAAACCAACAGCCUCGUCGAUUACAACGAUCGACAUCACUUACAACCUCAGUCCGUUCCCCAAAAUCACGAGUCCCACCUUGGUACCGACAGUUGCGCUGGGAAGGAUUGCAGCCUAGUCAGUGAGUCUCUCCCUGACACUCCGAAAGGAAAGGAGCCGGUAGUCUAUCCUUGGAUGAAGAAGGUCCACGUUAAUUCGAUGACCGCUAACUACUCUGGAGGAGUGCUCAAGAGGUCUCGCACCGCCUACACUCGCCAGCAAGCUUUAGAGCUAGAGAAGGAAUUUCACUUUAACCGGUACCUGACCCGGCGCCGGCGAGUGGAAAUAGCGCAUACCAUGUGUCUAUCGGAGCGACAGGUAAAGAUCUGGUUCCAGAACCGCCGUAUGAAGUGGAAGAAAGACCACAAGCUCCCAAACACGAAGAUCCGUUCCGCGAGCUCAUCGUCCUCCAGUCACCAAGUGAAAACGGACACGGGCCAUCAGCAGCAGACUAUGCUUCCCACGCAAUGUUCAUCAAGUCUUUAGCUGUGGAAUAAUUUGAGCACCAGAAGAACUGAGCAAGAGGGAAGAAGACAGAGCAGUAUUUGGACCGGAACUUGACAGUGCUUCUUUUAAUUUAAUAUUGGAUUUGAAAUCCGCAUUUACCCCUCACCUACCUAAUUUAUUUUGUGAUCCCCCUCAGUUCGGAAACUGUUUGAUUGUUUCUUCUUCUUUUUUCGGUGGAAAAUGGCUUCCAACUUGAAGUAUAAAGGAAUGUUAAUAUUGGAAAGUGAUGUCGAUCACUUCUGUAAAGAAAAGGAAGAGUGUAACAUAUAUUUGGAACGAAUACUCAUCAGAGGAUGGGCAGUUGCUUCGUGCACAAAUCUCAUUAAAGCACAAAUAAUGUAAUUCUGAAGGAAAACCUUAAACUCUGUCUUUCAUGUACCCAAGUGUGUUGUGCAUUGUCUUCCAAGCUGUGAAUAAUCGUGUAGUUAUUUGUACUUUAGUGUCCAGUUUUAUGUUGUAGAAUAUUCGUUAGUAAUGUAAAAGAUAUUGUCAUUGAAAAUAAAAAAAAUGCA